UGGCUGUUAACCACAAGGUCGGAGGUUCAAGCCCUCCUUCUAGCGUCACUUUUUUUUUUUUCUUUUUUUCAAAUUCUUUUUCAAAUUCUAUGUAUCAGGGCUGAUGUAGGUGACCACGGCAAAGUAGAUGCUUAUUUCUGCUUUGUUGCUCAACGAGUCUGCCAAUAUUUGAACAAAACAAAGAGUCUCCGCUUUUAAGUUUUGUCCCAAGACUCAGGCUCUUUUUUUUGUUGUUGUAGAAAAAGUUACUAAACAGUGGUAAUGGAAACAGGCAGUAGUACAAGUAGCAGCAGUAAUAGUAAUAGCAGUGGCGUCAUAGUUACUGCAGAAGAAAGAAGAAUGAGAAUAGAAAAUCCCUUUACUUUGAAAGUGGGUCAAGUAUUUACUGGCUUUGGCAUUGGUUGUGGGAUUGGAAUUGGUGUUGGUCGCCCUUUAAAUCUAGGUGCAAUACCUAUGCUAAAUCAAGUCAUGACUGCCACUAGAGGCGCAACGGAUGCAUUUUCUGGAGUUGGAAGACAUGUUAAUAAUUCUUUGAGGAAGGUGGGGGCCAAGAAUAUUGAAGCAGGCAUUGGAUGCGGAGUAGGUUUUGGACAUGGUUUUGGAGUUGGUCUUGCUGUGAAGCGUGGAGUGGUGGAACAGAUUCAGUUGUAUUUAAUUCAAGCCAUGACAAAAUUAAUGAUGAAGUCUGGAAUGUCUACCAGUUUAUCUGUUGGUGAAGGCAUCCUUCCAGCAUCCUUGCAAGCUGGCAUGAAAACAGUCAAUGAAGCCUCCAAUCAGAACCCAAUGGGAAUUGCCAAUCCACUUGAAGUGAAGGUCCCACAUAGUUCUUUUCCGGGCUUGCUUACAGAUCGGAGCACAAAUUCUGUCUCUUCUCAUGAAAAUGAAACUUCAAGAUCUAAUGUCAGCUCUUCAAAUGCAUCAUAUAGCAGCCGAACAGAGAAGGUUAUUAGCAAUUUUCUGCAGAGUCCACUUGUGAAAGACGAAGACAGUACAGCAAAUGAGCUGUCUGAGCGUUUGAGAUCAGAGAACAACCUUCUUCAUAUUGUGUUGAAACACCAGCAAGUGAUUGAUGAGCUCACGCAGGAAAAUGUAAAGCUUCGUGAGAUACUUGUGAAAGACUUGAAAGUCUCGCCCAGUAAACUCCAAACCAGCUACUCUAGUGGAAGUAAGUUUCCAAGUACUGAUUGUUUUGAGUGCCGUAGAAAACAAAGGAGAAGACGAUAAAUUCAAUACAAUGUCUCUCUCUUCUUACUUUUUUCUUUAUGAUGAAUGAAAAGGAAUAUCUUACAUAUUUUAUCUACAUCACCCAAGCAGUUAAAUCAA